AUGGCAGACCCCUAUACCUACAGAGUUGGAAAGAAACUCGCAGGAUCCAGCAGGACCAACACGGAGAGAGAAAGCAGCAAGGCAGACCUGAAGGUUCAUACAGCCUACGAACAGUCUAACCUGGGAAAUGCAAUGCACGACAAAACAGAAAGCAAACGGAAAGGAAGGCCCAAGACGGAAAACCAGGCCUUGAGAAAUAUUCCCCUGCCUCUGAUGAAUCAAUGGAAGGAUGAAUUUAAGGCUCACUCCAGGGUGAAGUGUCCUAAUUCGGGCUGCUGGCUGGAGUUCCCAAGCAUCUAUGGCUUGAAAUACCACUUCCAGCGGUGCCAGGGGGGCGCCGUUGUUGAGAAACGCACCUUCCCCUGCCUGUACUGUGAAGCUGUCUUCACAUCAAAAACCCAGCUGGAGAAACAUUGUCUCUGGAACCAUUUGGAAAGACCGUUGCCGGCAGCCGCCCCCCCAGCAGAAAACAAAAUGCAGAAGGCAACCAGCAAGGGGGCAGGGAAGAAAAGAGCUGCCGAACGGACCGUGACCCCCUCCCUUCACCCCAAACAAGCCAAGGUGGAGAAGGCUGUCGCCUUGCAGCACCCCGAGAACGGAGAGCAUGCGGCCGUGAGCAAAGGCAUCCGGGUUUUGCAGACCGCUGCGGCUGGAGGCGGGGAAGGGGCUGCAACUCCGCUGGGCCAGACGCCGGGCAGCCGUGGCUCUAAACAUCAGGCCAGCAGACAGGCCUAUAAGCAGGAGGAAGACCCCGAAAGGAUGAAGCACAGAAGGAAACAGAAAACGCCUAAAAAGUUCACUGGAGAACAGCCAUCCAUCUCAGGAACGUUUGGAUUAAAAGGGCUGGCGAAAGCAGAAGACAAGGCUAAAGCACACCGCGCAAAGAAGUUGGAAGCUUCCCUCCUCAGCGGUAAUACCGAAGAUCGUAAGAAAAAGCUGACAGGAUCCAGUGUGAAAAAAGAAACCACCACCGUAUCAAUAGCUCAUUCAGCUGCAGCAAGCCCUGAGGAGCAGUGGCAGCGGACAAUCAACGAGAAAGGAGACGUCGCUUGCCCGACCUGUGGCAUGAUCACCCGGAAGACGGUCCUGGGUCUCAAGAAGCACAUGGAAGUCUGCCAAAAAUUGCAGGAUGCCUUGAAAUGCCAGCACUGUAAAAAACAGUUCAAAUCCAAAGCAGGGCUGAAUUAUCACACGAUGGCAGAGCACAUGAACAAGAAUGCUCCUGUGGAAGCUGCUGUCCCUCUCAGUGAACUGGGAGACAGGGAAAGGCUGAGGAAAGUUCUCAAGCAGAUGGGAAAACUCAAAUGCCCAAACGAGGGUUGCGUGGCCACUUUCUCCAGCCUUAUGGGGUACCAGUAUCACCAGAAGCGAUGUGGGAAGCAUCCCUCGGAGGUGGAGAAGCCGGUCUUCGCCUGCCCGCACUGUGGAAAGGCUUACAAAUCUAAAGCUGGACACGACUACCACAUCCGCUCCGAGCAUCCGGCAAUGCCCCCAGAGCAGCCAGAGGCGAAACCCGAACCCAGCCCUGUGGUAGAUUUCGAGAGGACCCCCAGCGGCCGCAUCCGGCGCACCUCCGCCCAGGUGGCCGUCUUCCACCUGCAGGAAAUAGCGGAGGACGAGCUGGCCAAGGACUGGACCAAGCGGCGGAUGAAGGACGAUCUGGUCCCCGAAACGAAGCAACUGAAUUACACUCGGCCUGGACUUCCCAAGUUGAACCCGAGUCUUCUGGAGGCCUGGAAGAAUGAAGUCAAAGAAAAAGGACACAUCAAUUGCCCAAAUGACUGCUGUGCAGCCAUUUAUUGCAGCGUGUCCGGCCUAAAAGCCCACCUGGCCAACUGCAACAAGGGAGGCCAUUUGGUGGGCAAAUAUCGUUGUCUUCUGUGUCAGAAGGAGUUUAGCUCAGAAAGUGGAGUCAAAUACCACAUCACCAAGACACACUCAGAGAACUGGUUCCACACCUCGGCGGAUUCUUCCAAGAAAAAGAAGAGCAAAGAACAGGGCUCCCCCGGCCACGAAGAACAAAAGACUAGCCCCGACGGGAAGAAACGAGGCCGGAAGCCGAAGGAAAGGCAUCCCGAAUUUUUCCCUAAAGACACGGAGAGCCUCCUGGAAAACACUAACCACAAGAAAGCCGCCGCCUCGUGGCCGGUGGCAAACUGCAUCCUGGACGAGAAAGAUAGAGGUAACAAACCCUUCUUCCACGCCAAGAAAACGGGGGCGAAUAAAAUGGCAGAAAAAUAA